AAGUGAUAUGGUUUUGACAAAAUCAUACUUUUGAAAGUUUUGUUGAUAUUUGAUAUUUCAGUAUAUUUCUUGUAAAUUGUUUGCACGAAACAGAUGUGGGAAUGAGUGGAUGCUUAGAUAAUGCACAUUGCCCGACAUGUGAAAUAGAUUUGGGAGAGAAACGCAAUACAAUCGCCUCGGUUGCAUCAGGAACUUUGUUCUUUAUUGGUUGGUGGAUCAUGAUUGAUAAUCAUGCAAAUGAAACAUUUGAACCAGCUUAUCAUACCGUUGGCGUAGUUUCCUCAUUGGCAGUUAUUUUUAUAAAUUCUGUUUCCAAUUCCCAAGUGAGAGGUGACAAUUAUGAUGCCGGUUUCCUAGGGACUAAAGGUGCAAGAGUUUGGCUUAUAGUUGGAUUUUUGUUUGGAUUUGGAGGACUAAUUGCAGCCACGUGGAUUCUGUUUGCAAACUAUGUUGUCAAAGAUGUUGACAAUCCUUAUCCUGGAGUUGCCAUAUUCCUGCAAAAUGCUUUCAUAUUUUUCAGUGGUAUACUUUUCAAGUUUGGUCGUAGUGAAGAUGAAUUUUGAUAACUACAAUCACCAAACCACAUGCACACACACUUCAUGGUCACACAGACCUAGUGAUUGAUUGGAACACAUUGGCAGAUGCAAGGUAUCUUGGAAAAUAUUAAGUGAAUCAUUUAUAGUUUAAUAAACAGAUAACUCUCGAAAUAUUCAGCCAGUAAAGAAACACUACAACUGAUAGAUCUGCAUAAUGUAGGACAGUUUGAUAGAAUUUUCGGUUGAACAUAUAUGCUUUACCUGCCUGCUGAUAAUUGCCAAGUAUUUUGCUAUCAGAAUGCAAUUUAUUGUGAGAUCUACAGAUCAAAGCACAACUGAGGACUAUAUUUAUAAUACACAGAAAGAACAGUAGCCUUUUCACUGAAUCAGGCUGUAUUCUAACAGUAUGUUUAGGUCUAUUUUGAAUAUAUUUAAUGUAAAUCGUCAAAUUAUAAUUGUUUUGCAUAGGGAUUUCGAUAGGGAUUUUGUGAGAACUUAGGUGAAGUAACGUAGGUUCAAAUGAAUGCUUAAAAACAGUAAAGAAUGCAUCUAACUGAUUGGAAUGAGCUCUGAAAUAUAACAAGUUGAGGUCAGGAAUGCAGCCAAUAAUAAAUAUG